AUGGCUCGUAGAUGGGCUAGAAAGUUAGAGCGCUAUUGUUGCAACUGCCUCACUUAUUUUCCUCUAGCCUUUGUUUACAGCCUGAGCACUUGGGCCGUAUGGGUUGUUGUUAGUAUAGGAACCAGCGCAACGACGAAGCCUGGUUGGAUAGGAACAAAAUCAUCCAUCGGUGGCAUCGUUCUUUAUCUCAUGCUCAACUGGUGCUAUACCACCGCCGUCUUUACGAACCCGGGCAGCACAACCAGCUCUACCGGCUACUCGAGCCUGCCUACCAACAACCCUCCGCAAGCUACGUCCUUUACCGUCAAGUCCAAUGGCGAAAUGCGCUUCUGCAAGAAAUGUCAGGCCCGGAAGCCCGACCGCGCGCAUCACUGCUCCACCUGCCGUCGCUGCGUGCUCAAGAUGGACCAUCACUGUCCCUGGCUAGCGACUUGUAUCGGAUUGCGCAACCACAAGGCUUUUCUGCUGUUCCUCAUCUAUACCACCCUCUUCUGCUUCUACAGCUUCGCCGUCUCCGGGUCUUGGGUUUACGACGAGAUGCUAACCCAGACCCAGUACAAUAAUACAUUAAUGCCAGUUAAUUUUAUCAUGCUAGCCGUCGUCUCCGGAAUUAUGGGCUUGGUUGUAGGCGCCUUCACAAGCUGGCAUAUACUGCUCGCGAGUCGGAAUCAAACAACCAUCGAAUGCCUCGAGAAGACCCGAUACCUAAGCCCACUGCGCAAGUCAAUGCAGAAUCAAUUUGUCGCGCAGCAUAAUGGCGAGGGUAUCCAGCUACCGAGAUACGGCCAGCAACUAUUGGAUAUUCAUGCGAAUGCGCUACCAGGCGUCACGAGACCAGAGGAAGGCGAAGUCAGGACGAGCAUGGACGCGAAUAAUGUGCCUCAGCAGCUGUCUUAUGAAGAUCUGGAACGCGUCCGCGCCCAGAAGCGGUACGAGGAGUACAUGGACGAGCAGGAUUCCGAAAAGCUGCCUAACGCUUUCGAUCUCGGCGCCAAGCGGAAUUUAUUGCACUUAUUCGGCCCCACCCCGGCGCUCUGGUUCUUCCCGAUCAUCAACACUACCGGGGACGGAUGGAGCUGGGAAGCUAGUCCAAAGUGGAUCGCUGCGCGGGAUAGGAUCGCGAUGGAACGGAACGAGCAAAGACGGAGAGAACGAGCCGCUGGAUGGGGCGACCCUGAUCCUUCAUUCGUCCCUAUUACUACAACCGUUGCGCGACCGAGCGGAGUUGGAGUCACGAGGAAUUAUCUUGGAGCACCGAGCCCGAAAUCACAGCAAUCCGGUAGUGGUGGUCGACGAACGCCGUCCAAGGCGGACCGCAUUCUAGGCCGAGACCCGGAUCUAUACGUUGAUCAACCGGCAGGUUCGAUGUCGAUGCGGACUUUGAAUAAGCAAGGGAUGGACAUCGAGAACGAGUUCGACGAUAGUAGCGAGGAGGAUGAUGAAGAAGAUCCGGAAACUAAGGCGUUGAACCUGGUCACGAACGGUGGAUGGGCAAAAAGUGGUGCCAGCGGGUUACUGAAGCCAUCGCCGAAGAAUGGUAAUACCAGACGAUUCACGCCGCCGAAGACUUUCGCCAAACAACCUCACGACGAGGAUGAUGAGGUAGACUGA